GAAAGCAUUUCAGAUUCGGAAGUCAAGAAGAUGCUCAUGAAUUUUUGAGGUACACAGUGGAUGCUAUGCAAAAGUCCUGCCUGCCUGGAAACAAACUGGACAGGCAAACGCAAGCAACCACAUUUGUACAUCAGAUAUUUGGAGGUUAUCUGAGAUCCAGAGUCAAAUGUUUGAAUUGCAAAGCAGUCUCUGACUCAUUUGACCCUUAUCUGGACAUUUCACUGGAGAUUAAGACCGCUCAGACACUUACUAAGGCAUUCGAGCAAUUUGUUAAGCCUGAGCAACUUGAUGGUGAUAACGCUUACAAAUGCUUCAAAUGUAAGAAAAUGGUUACUGCCUCAAAGAGAUUCACCAUACAUCGGAGUUCUAAUGUUCUCACUGUCUCUCUAAAGCGGUUCGCCAACUUCAACGGAGGAAAAAUUACAAAGGAUGUGAGAUAUACCGAGUAUUUAAAUUUGCGCCCGUUCAUGUCCCAGUCUCAUGGGGAGCCGAAAAUCUAUACUCUGUAUGCUGUGCUGGUUCAUUCUGGCUUUAGUUGCCAUGCUGGGCACUACUACUGCUAUGUAAAGGCAAGCAAUGGACAGUGGUAUCAGAUGAACGAUUCAUCUGUAUCUCUCAGCGAUAUAAGAACAGUGCUUAAUCAGCAAGCGUACUUGCUGUUCUACAUCAGUUCACCUGACUUGAAAAAUGGAAGUGACUAUUACCAGAAGAACCAUACUCCUGGCCAGUCAUCUCCACGACCAUCCAUUCCACUCAAGAUGAAUGGGCCUCAGUACACCUCGACAUCCUUCAUUGGCCCACAACUACCACCUCAUAUGAUGAAGAACUCGUCAUACGUCAACGGGAAUGGUAUUCUUUUGAAGAACCAUAGUGGCUCAAAGCCCAACAGAUGCUUUUAUGGUGUGACCAAAGCAGGCUCUGCCCUGUCCCAUCCAUCCUCUUCUGCAUCCUCAUCCUCUUCCACAUCUCUGUCCAACAAGCUUGUUCGACCCAUGGGCAUUCCUGACUCAUCCAAGAGGCCGAAGUUGACAUUUCUCAUUGGUCAGGGCAAGCCUGUGAGGUCUACUCAGACCCAGUCAAGCCCUAAUUGUUCUUCAUCUUCAGCCUCUCACUCUCAACCCACCUCCUCCAGCACCUCAACAAAUACCUCAGGUUUCCCACAGGCCAAGCAACUCAAUGGAACUCCCAUCAAUCACACUGCAGCUGCUUUCCUGGUUCCUUAUGGUCAGGAAUCCUCUGAGGAAUCUGACCAAGAGGCUGGAACCUUGGAAAAUGGAACUACUAAACCUCAUCUUGCUCCCAAAAUGCAGUCCCACAUUUCCACUUCACUGCCUCUGCCUACCUCUAAAACAAACGGAUCAAAUGGCUUUCCAGAGCUGCAUGUGAGUGAAAAUGGAUCAGGAUCUCCUAAAAAAUCUCAGAAUGGCCAUACCAAAGCCAAUGGUUUUAAUCACACCGAGAAGGUUACAUGUGCGCCACAUUAUUCAUCUCAAACUACUAAUCUGUCUAAUAGUUUGGACGUGGAGUUCAACCUCAAGCCUGGAUUCAGUGAAUCAAGCUCCAAACCACCAAGUACAGAUGGCCAACAUUCUUCACCCCCAAGCAAAAAGACAAACCGGGACUCUUUAACAAAGUCUGCUACACAUGUACAGUCUGCACCUUCGUCUAAUGGCUCUUUGGUCGCUAAGACUACCAACAGUGACCUUCAUGUCCUUGCAGCCUCAAAGGUUGAGUCGACUCAGAGCCAUGCCACCCAUGCAGUGGUUGGCAUGCCAGACUUUCAGGCCAACCAUAGUCUGAGCUUCUAUGCAGGUGAUGGUCACACAAGUCCACAUAGGUUAAAGGAGAGACAGUGGUGCAAUGAAGGGGAAGGCAGAGACUCAAAACCAUCACACACAUGCAAGUUUGUCUCUGGGGAUGGAAGGAGACAAGAUGAGUACCGGAAUAGGUCUUUAGAACAACCACUCUUUUCUUCUACCCUGAAGGACAGGGACAGGGACCGGUACAGGCACCAUAGGGAAAAUUAUGAAAAAAACAGGCACCACUAUGGGCACAGUGGACACAGCCAUCGACUGGAAGGAGAGUGUCGUCCCGGCAGGGAGUGCUCCACCAGUAGAGAUCAUUUUCACCGAGAUCGUGAUGGCGAGCGACACUGGGACCGAUUCACACAUCACCGUCGAGAGCACCACCACUCCCGAAGAAGGUCCAAAGAGGAACAUGUUUGGAGUAGAGAGUGGGAUAAUCGGGAUUGGAGAUUUGCAAGUGGAUAUGACACUCAUCGUCCCUCUGGACACAAUAACAGGAAUGGCUUCUCCAGCCACUGCCAUCGUGGGGGGGAAAGUGGCCGUGGAAGAGAAAUCCAUACUGUUCAUGAGAAAAGCUCGAGAGGUAAAUCCUCAUUUCCAAUGCUGCCUGAACGUUACAAGAGGAAACACAGCCUUUCAGUUGGCUCGAAAGUAAGCUCAGAUGAUUGCCGGGCCAAGAAACCCAAGAAGAAAAAGAAAAACAAAGAUAAACACAGACACUCAGAGAAGAACCCAUCAGAGUGGAACUGUGAUAGCAUUUCGAAAAAACAUAAAAAGAAGAAGAAAAAGAAGAGGAGGUGGGACAAGGAGAGGUCUGAGAGAGACUUCACUCAGAGGCAUGAAGAGCAUGAUUCUACAGCUAGGAAUGGUACAGAGCGAGGAAGUCACCACCACAGCUCUGCGUCUCUUCAGCGUGUCAACCGAGAUAACUUGGAUGACCAGAAACUCAAUGGACAUAAAGCUAUUGGCCUGAGAAGUUACAGUGAAUGUGAACUUGACAUCUGUCAUACUGGGGUGGAGAAAGAUGUGAACUACAAAGGCUGCGAACACGCUACCAGAGUCAACAGCACAAAAGCACUCUCAAAUAGAGAUAGAGACAUGGACAAUGCCAACCACAGGAUCCUUUCAGAUGCUGAAGCCAUCACAAAUCCUCAGAAAAGGGAAAGUGAUAUUUCCCUUACACCCAAGACUCUGAAAACCACCCAUACAAAUAUGUGAAAGACAACAACAACAACAACAACAUCAAAAAGACCUGACAUGGUGUUUAACAUUUUUGAACAUACUGUGUUUUUACCACAAAACACAUUUUAAAGUUGCAGUUUUUUUAAAGCAAUGGAAUUUUUUAGUACACUGUACAGAAAUUAACUUUGAUAAUUUAAAGAAAUUGUAUAUAAAAUUAAUAUAUGCUACUUAAAAAAAGCCUGGAGCUUAACAUCAGAAUUGCUGCUCAUACAUAGACUCAGGAUUUUUUCACAUGUGAAGAUGAGACAAGUUCUCCCUUUAAGGAUACAAACUUUGGAAUUAGAAGAACAUUUAUAUGCUGCAUUGGCGGCACAAGACUGCUUGUCUCUUUGCUUCAAGUUAUGAUGUCACCAUUUUCACAUAUCUGUUGAGAGUACUGUCUCAAAUGGAGCAUGUGCACUUACAUCACAGUUAACCUGGACACACUUGAGGACAUAAGAUAUUUGUUUUGCUGUCUCUUGUACCCCUUUUUUUGGCAUCUCACUGUAUUAUGCUCUUUCUGAAAUUCUUCAGUCAAACCUUUUUAGAAUGCAAGUUCAUUGCAUCUUUUGUUAUGUUUUCUUGAAUCCACUUUGAUUUUAGUCAAGAUUGAAUUUAAGUUGAACUGUUCUAUCAGCUGUUUGUUUUUUGGUCCUGUAGCAGGAGUUCAAUAGACACUUUCUGUAAAGCCACUCAUAGAUUAUGUUUUCUGGAUAUGCAUUAAUGUUUUUUUACCCCAGCAAAAAAAAAACA